GUAUGACAAAACGGCAAUGAUUUCGUGGCGAAAAUAGUUUUCGGCGUUAUAAAUUAAUUAUUUGUUGUUGUGCUUAUGUUCUUGUUAUUGCCGAGUCAGUAAACUAUCCAGUGCAAAAUGGGCGUAGCAGUGAGCAAGUACAGUGAGCUGACAGCCAACGAACUGCUGGCUCGGUUCUGCUCGUCCGAAGUGAUAUGCGCUAACGACCCAUUCUGGAACCAGAUGCUGGCCUUCAAUAUCAACCCUCCGGCUAAUGCUGAAGAACAGCUGAUGUUCGAUGCGAGCACAGAACCACUACUCCAGAAGUUUCUGCAGAACAACCCACAGACUGGGAACCUUGGCUCCUUGGUGCAGGUGUUCGUGACGCGAGCUACCGAGCUACUGGCCGCGCCCAACAGUGAUAAUGUGAUGCUGGCGUGGCAGACCUUCAACGCUUUGUUCGUCACGCGGGCGGUCACCAAGUAUCUGGUCGAGAUGGUGCCGGAAUAUGAGCUAUGCCGGCAUUUGGACGAGCCACCUAAAAUGAGGAAUACUGGCUUGGACACGCCGCCCAAAUCGGAGCAGUCCCCAGAAGUACAGACAUCCCCCAAAAUGAACGGCAGCGAGAGCAAAGUGGAGGUGCUUAUAGACGCGCUCAUUGGACUGAUCAUUGACGUACCUGUCACAGACAACACAUACUACUUACACUUGGAGUGUAUAAACACACUACUAGUGUUGAUGUCUGUAUACAUGUUCGCCGGCGUCCACGGGCAAGCGAGGCUGGUGGAGACUUCUCUUAUAUUCAGAACGCUCUUCCAAGGCAGAUACGGUAUGCACGCGCCUCUGCUAGUCAAGACCUUGCUUGGAAACUUAGCUGCCAUGCUGCCCGCACCGCCCGCUAUGUUCGGGACUGGAGCCAAUGGUGGCAGCGUGUUGAUUAAUAUUGCUUCCGGUCUAUGGAACAUGCUGACCUUCAACACGACCACCCGGCAAACCAUCUACAGCCACCCGCCGCUAGACCGCAGCUCGCUCAGCGGCCGGCUCAAGCAGCAGCACCCGCUCAGCAACCAGUCGUGUCUGCUGCUGUUGGCGCUGGCCAACCACUGCAUCGCCGACGCCAACCUGUACCGCGCCGCGCUACUGAGCAGCGCGCCCGCGCCGCCGGGUGAGACGACCGUCACGCGACUAGCGCCGUGUGUGCUAGUAACCUCGCGUGGCGCUCACUUCGCGUGGCAGAGCAUCUACUCCCACCCGCCGCUAGACCGCAGCUCGCUCAGCGGCCGGCUCAAGCAGCAGCACCCGCUCAGCAACCAGUCGUGUCUGCUGCUGUUGGCGCUGGCCAACCACUGCAUCGCCGACGCCAACCUGUACCGCGCCGCGCUACUGAGCAGCGCGCCCGCGCCGCCGGGUGAGACGACCGUCACGCGACUAGCGCCGUGUGUGCUAAGCAUCUACUCCCACCCGCCGCUAGACCGCAGCUCGCUCAGCGGCCGGCUCAAGCAGCAGCACCCGCUCAGCAACCAGUCGUGUCUGCUGCUGUUGGCGCUGGCCAACCACUGCAUCGCCGACGCCAACCUGUACCGCGCCGCGCUACUGAGCAGCGCGCCCGCGCCGCCGGGUGAGACGACCGUCACGCGACUAGCGCCGUGUGUGCUAAGCAUCUACUCCCACCCGCCGCUAGACCGCAGCUCGCUCAGCGGCCGGCUCAAGCAGCAGCACCCGCUCAGCAACCAGUCGUGUCUGCUGCUGUUGGCGCUGGCCAACCACUGCAUCGCCGACGCCAACCUGUACCGCGCCGCGCUACUGAGCAGCGCGCCCGCGCCGCCGGGUGAGACGACCGUCACGCGACUAGCGCCGUGUGUGCUAAGCAUCUACUCCCACCCGCCGCUAGACCGCAGCUCGCUCAGCGGCCGGCUCAAGCAGCAGCACCCGCUCAGCAACCAGUCGUGUCUGCUGCUGUUGGCGCUGGCCAACCACUGCAUCGCCGACGCCAACCUGUACCGCGCCGCGCUACUGAGCAGCGCGCCCGCGCCGCCGGGUGAGACGACCGUCACGCGACUAGCGCCGUGUGUGCUAAGCAUCUACUCCCACCCGCCGCUAGACCGCAGCUCGCUCAGCGGCCGGCUCAAGCAGCAGCACCCGCUCAGCAACCAGUCGUGUCUGCUGCUGUUGGCGCUGGCCAACCACUGCAUCGCCGACGCCAACCUGUACCGCGCCGCGCUACUGAGCAGCGCGCCCGCGCCGCCGGGUGAGACGACCGUCACGCGACUAGCGCCGUGUGUGCUAAGCAUCUACUCCCACCCGCCGCUAGACCGCAGCUCGCUCAGCGGCCGGCUCAAGCAGCAGCACCCGCUCAGCAACCAGUCGUGUCUGCUGCUGUUGGCGCUGGCCAACCACUGCAUCGCCGACGCCAACCUGUACCGCGCCGCGCUACUGAGCAGCGCGCCCGCGCCGCCGGGUGAGACGACCGUCACGCGACUAGCGCCGUGUGUGCUAAGCAUCUACUCCCACCCGCCGCUAGACCGCAGCUCGCUCAGCGGCCGGCUCAAGCAGCAGCACCCGCUCAGCAACCAGUCGUGUCUGCUGCUGUUGGCGCUGGCCAACCACUGCAUCGCCGACGCCAACCUGUACCGCGCCGCGCUACUGAGCAGCGCGCCCGCGCCGCCGGGUGAGACGACCGUCACGCGACUAGCGCCGUGUGUGCUAUCGCUGAGUGUGACGCGUGACCUUAGUCACUUCGCGUGGCAGAGCAUCUACUCCCACCCGCCGCUAGACCGCAGCUCGCUCAGCGGCCGGCUCAAGCAGCAGCACCCGCUCAGCAACCAGUCGUGUCUGCUGCUGUUGGCGCUGGCCAACCACUGCAUCGCCGACGCCAACCUGUACCGCGCCGCGCUACUGAGCAGCGCGCCCGCGCCGCCGGACACAGCACAGACCCCACAGAAGGACUCAAACGGGCCUGACGUCACGCCGCCUCGAAUAGACAUGGCUGCUCUUCACAAAGCUCUCUGUGCAACUGCGGGUUGCGAGCAUUCAACGUUACUACUAUACGUAAUGCUGCAUUCGUGUGACGCCUACAAACGAUACGUCAGCCAGGUCACGCAGAUCGACGAGCUGAUAAUCCCGAUCCUGCAAGUGUUGUACAACGCGCCUGAAAGCAGUUCCCACCACAUAUACAUGUCGCUGAUCGUGCUACUGAUCCUGACUGAAGACGACGCGUUGAUCAAGAAUGUACAUUUGAUUAUGCUAAAAAACCUGACUUGGUACACCGAGCGGUCAAUAUCCGAGAUAUCACUAGGGGGUCUCAUGGUGCUCGUCAUAGUGAGAGCGUUACAAUACAACAUGGCGCGGGUCAGAGACAAAUAUCUACACACAAACUGUCUAGCUGCCAUAGCGAAUAUGAGUUGUGAAUUCAGAAAUCUACACCCAUACGUUGCACAGAGGCUAAUAUCGUUGUUCGAGACGUUAACAAAGCGGAGAGCGAGGCUAUGUAGUGAAAUAGAAGGAGGCGAUAUAAAUAAUUUAGAGUUACCACAUCACGCAGAAGAAAAGACAGAAGAAGUUAUGGACCACAUAAACGUGCUAGACGAAGUACUAAGGAUGCUGUUGGAGAUCAUCAACUCGUGCCUUACGCAUCAACUGAGCAACAACUUGAACGUUGUUUACGCGUUGUUACAUAAAAAACAGUUGUUCGAACAACACAGACACCAUAACAUCACGCAGAAUAUUGAAAUGGUGAUAGGUUACUUCUCGACGCGUCUGCAGAGGGUGCAGGAGGGCGCGGGAGGCGACUUGGGGGUCACCGAGGUCCUAGCUUGCAUCAAGAAGGGCGCCGAGCAGUGGUCCAGCGACAGGCUCAAGAAAUUCCCCGACCUAAAAUUCAGAUACGUGGAAGAAGAAAGACCAGAAGAGUUCUUCACUCCAUAUGUAUGGGGGCUCAUCACCAGCUGCGGAGGCGUGUACUGGGCAAGCGAGUGCGGCGCGCGCGCUGUCACCGAUCUACUAGCUUGCUGAUACACGAUAUUCGACCUUAUACAUAGAGUGUUAUGCUCCCCUUUCUGUUGACAGACAACUUCAACUGACACUAUUAAGCCAAUUUGAAACGUAUGUUAAUGGAAUAAGGCGCUGGGCUAGCGAGUUACCGAUCUACUAGCUUGCUGAUACAUAUUGAACCUUAAAGACAUAUUCUGUUUUCCUUUCUGUUGAUAGACCAACUUCUGACACUGUUAAGCAAUCUCAAGGUGCAUUUUACGCUGGCAUAUGGCUAUAACAUCUAGUGCGGCGCGCGCGCUGUUUAGAUUUCUUAGCG